AUGAGGGUCGAGCUCCCUCGAGGUUUUAAACCACCUUUCUUUGAGGCUUAUGAUAGGAAGACUGACCCCAACAACCAUAUUAGUUACUUCAACGUGAUGAUGAUAGUAUACGACGGGUCUAACGUUGUGUCAUGUCACUCUUUCCCAACCUCCCUGAAGGGACCAACGGUGCUCUGGUUCGCCAAGCUAAAGCUCAACUCCAUAAGAAGUUUCACGGAGCUGGCCAGAGCAUUCGUGAGCCGCUUCCAAAGCAGUGUCAAGCAAAAAAAGAUGGCCGUGAACUUGUUAGCAAUGAAGAAGUGGCCCGAUGAGUCCAUACGGGACUAUAUCACUCACUUUAAUGGAGAAGCCCUAGAGAUCAAGGACCUAGAUGGUGGCAUGCCCUUCAAUGUGCUGCACAAUGGAAUAACCAACCUUGACCUAGUGAAAUCGCUCACCCUUGAAUCAAUCACCACCGUGUUCCAACUACUUGAUCAGUGCUAUCAGUACGCCAACAUGUUUGACAUCAUGAAGGCACGAAGAACAGUUGACCCCAAAGCAAAAGAGAAAGAAGAAAAGAAAGAUACCAAGAAGCCGAGGUUAGAUCGGUACUAA